GGUUUGGGGGGGCGGCUGGGGUGUGUGCGUAAAUUUAGAAAGUUGCAAUAAAUACCUGCGCGGGGGGGAUAACAGGCUGAUUUCCAGUGGGGCUUUGGUUUUGCAAACAUUGGUGGGAUCCUUGUUAUGGAGGCAGAGGGGUCCAGCAUUGGUCAGCCACCCCAAAACCCUGCAAGGAGAGCUCGAAACCAGGCAAACCGGAGAAGGCGCAGAGAUCAGGAUGCUGAUGUUCGCCUGUCCAAAGCGCUCUCUUAUGCCCUCCGCCACGGUGCGGACAAGCUGGGGUUACAUAUGGGUCCUGAUGGUUUUGUGGACGUAGCAGAAGUCCUCUGUUUGCCCCAGUUUAAGGCUUGGUCCCCGGGUGACGUGCAACGCGUCGUAGAGACAAAUGACAAGCAGCGUUUUGCUAUGCGGCUGCACCCUUCCGAUGGACACCCCCAGAUCCGUGCCAAUCAAGGGCACUCACUGCAGGUAUCUGAGUUGGAAUUGGUCCCUUUGUUGGACCCCGCAGACUUCCCAGACACUGUGGCACAUGGUACGUAUCUGCGUCACUGGCCAGCAAUACGACGUACGGGCUUGUCUCGGAUGGGGAGAACGCACAUCCACUUGGCCCCAGGAUUGCCAGGGGACGGGGCUAUCCUGAGCGGAAUGAGAAACAGCUGUGAGGUGGCCAUAAUCAUCGAUGCAGCCAAAGCUCUAGCAGACGGAAUUCCUUUUUACCACUCGGCUAAUGGUGUCAUCCUCACACCCGGUAAUGCCGACGGGCUUCUUGUUCCCCGCUACUUCCAGGAAGCCCUGCAGCUCCGGCCUGUCCGAUGCCGGCUUUCUCUUGAGUGACCUGCCUCUGCACCAGGAUUGCCCUCUUCUACAUUUCCCCCAGGAGAUAACAAUUUCUGGUGUGCAUAUAAUUUAUUACUAAACAAUAAAUGUCACUAUUU